GUUCAGUCCAUUUAGUAAUGUACUAAUGUGUCUAUGUAAAAACCACGUUAAUUUUUAAGGUUUGUAGUACGUAGAAAUAAUAAAAUUUUAUUGUCGUUUGUAUUAUAUUAUUUAAGGUUUAAUAAAAACACAUUACGAAAGCCAGUUAUAAGUGAGUCUGAAGAAACACUAAAAAUUACAAUUGGCGUAGAGGGUGGUAUGAUGCUUCAAUUUGCUCUAUCCACUUUAAUAAAUUUGUCUAGUUUACAACCCGAAGAGCUUGUUAAAGAAGCAGAUCCAAUCCCUGAUAAAAUGGAAUAUAAAAAUAUGCUUUUUGAAUAUGAGCAACUGAAAAAUUUAGAUAAUAUAAUUUAUUCAUUAUCGGAAGAUGAAUCUUCGGUAAUUCGCACAAGACAUGAAGAAUUUGUGAAAUCAAUGACACUUAUAACUUUAGAUAAUAAUCCAAUCACUCGAACAACUGUGGCAGGAAAAAUGUUUGCAGAGCUUUUAUCUAGAAAUAUUCUUUCGAUGGAGGCCAUAACUCAAGGAAUUGAUGCUGUCCUUAAAAAUUGGAAUGAUUAUUUGAUGGAUAACCCUCAAUUUUUCUCCUUUAUUGCUGCCAUUAUUGCUCCAUUAUUAUUAUCACAAAAUGCUUUCUUUGAUUUUAAUAAUUUAAAAGAUUUGUGUACAUCAAUACGGCCAGAUAAUUCUAGUAAAUUUUUCAUAGAAGUAUUAAAUAAAAUUCUUAGUUCCAAGGAAACACAAAACAUAAAAGAACAACAAGGAGGUAUAUUGUGGAUUUACAAUAAGUGGAGGACGUCAGAAUAUGUUUCUCUUGAUGUAUUUAUGCCUAAUAACCAAAUAAAUAAUUUUUUUAAAAAUGAUCGAAUUGGAGUAUUCCUUUUAUCUAUUGCUAUGUAUGAUAAAAUGAAGCUGACUGAUAGUAAACUACUGUAUGAUAUAUUAAGUAGUUGGAUAAAUGUUAAUAUCAGCGCAGAAAUAAUAAAAUGCCCUCAGUUUGUGCGAGCAUUAACUAUAGCUAUUGUCAUAGUAGGUUCAAAAUCGAAUCAUUCUUAUGAAGAUUUCUUUGACCAUGCUCAUGUGAAAUUAUUGAUUUGUUAUAUUCGGUCUGAACCACUUCCAGAACCUGAAAUCCAGGCUCGAGAAGUUCAAUGUCUGUAUGGCAUUCAAAUAAUGUCUGCAGUACUUAAGCAUCCUAGAGGAAUGGUAUUAAGACUAUUCCAUAAACUCUAUCAGAAUAGUAUUAUUAGUACAGAAUCGUUUGAACUAUGGAAAAAAGAAGAUGAAUUCAAAGCAGGAUUUGAUGAAGACUUGGAAACAAAAACCAUGGCUGUUGAAGUUUUAAAUUCAUUCUUCAUUUCACUAGCAGAAAACUAUUCUGAUUCUGAUGAAACAUAUGAGUAGUGUACCAACACUAUCUUGUUGCUGUGUAUAUCCAUCAAUCGACACAAAUUCUUCUAUUUUUUUAUUUUAUUGUAGAUACCAUGUUAUAAAAGAUUUAUAAAAAUAAGAAAAAAAAUUCUAAAUACUUAGCCAUUUUUCAUUUAUUUCCUGUGGAAUUCAAUUAUUCAUAAAUUUGCAAAUAUUUGUAUAGUAUUUUUUUUGUUAAGGGUUUUAUUUUAAUUUAUUUAUGUUUUGUACACCUGGUUUUACUUUAUAUUAAAG